AAGUAAAAAGGUAAACAAACGUCUCGCUAAGCUGUAGCAUAAUGACAUAUUUCUAAAAUGGUUUUAAAGUUGAUGUUAAAGUGAAUGACAGUCAACUUAAUUGCAGUUGAUAUUAUGUUAAGCUUUGUUGAAGCAACGCUGAUAUAAAGAAGUUUUAAAUGAGUUGUACUAGCGGCUCUUUUGCCACGUACACCUAAAAAUAAUAAUAAUAAUAACGUCAGUGUAAAUUUGGAGCUGGUUGGGUUGAUCGAUGGAGCAGAAGCUGGCACAGUUCAGAGCCAGACGACAGGCGGAAAAUACUCUGAAAAAGGAUAAAGGUGCUGGUCUACAGUGUAGUGCACAAACAAUGGCGGACACAGCAGCCCAGACAGAAACCACACCAACAACUGACAGUCAACAGACAGAAGACAUCAGAGCUUUAAAUCAGAGCUCUCCAAGGAAGGACAGUAGUGAUUGGCUGCUGGACAACGCUCUGGGAAGAUGGCUGGCUUCGAGACAACUUGUCUUCUCAAACCUUACUUUGCUUAAAGUGCUGCUGUGGCUGGUGCUGCUCGGUCUGUUUGCUGAACUGGAGUUUGGCCUGCCUUUCUUCGUCCUCUCCCUCUUCUACUGGCUCUAUGAGGGACUCCGUAGCCCAGCUGACCGCGAGCCCGGAGAGCUGAGCGCUUAUUCUGUCUUUAAUCCAGACUGUCAGCCUCUGCUGGGCUCUCUCACUGCAGAGCAGCUGGAGGGAGAGAUGGGUUACAGACAUCUGGCCAACAUAUGAAGCGCUUGUGAUUUGCACAUUUGUAUUAAAUAUUCAGAUAUUUUUGGUCUAUCAAAAAUGUUAAAAUUAUUCAAGAAAAUACAGGGACUUACACAGUAGUAAUUUCAAUGUAUUAUUUCACACAUUAAAUUAAGAUUGGUCUGCUUACAGUUGCA